AUGGCUGCUCACAAAUCCGGCAUCAAGGUUAUCAUCGUUGGAGCUGGCUUUGGCGGCUUAACUGCCGCUAUUGAAUGCCACCGGCAAGGGCACGACGUUGAGAUUUAUGAGUCCUUUCCUGAACUCAAAGUUCUCGGAGACAUUAUAUCAUUUGGUGGCAAUGCCGGCAGGAUCUUUAAUCGCUGGUCUGACGGGGAGAUUGUCGCUCGUCUGCGCCCCUUGUGUAUUGACAUUCAAGACUACGGCUUCAGAAUUCAUAAAUGGGACACAGGGGAGGUUGUGUACCAUCAAAAGCGUCCCCCUCCAAACCCUGAAACUCCAGUGUUGAACGGCCACAGAGGCGAGUUGCAUGAGAUUAUCUUCAAUUAUGCGCGCGGUGAGCUGGGGAUUCCGAUUCAUCUCGGCCAGCGAGUAUCUGAGUAUUUCGAGGACGCUACACAGGCUGGCAUUAUUCUGAAGACGGGAGAGAAGGCGGGAUAUGUUGACAAGCCCAAGAGCAGCGGAUACGCUGUUUGGAGGGCAUGGUUCUCAAACAAAGAUAUGAUUCAAGACCCUCGCACAAAAGAGUUCUGCGAGAAUGGUGAUACCUUCAACGGCUGGAUCGGACAAGAUGUGCACUUCCUGUUCUCAACGCUGAAAGGCGGCAAGGACUGUUGUUGGGUACUUACUCACAAAGAUGACCAUGAUAUCGAUGAGUCGUGGUCGUUCCCUGGUAAGAUAGAAGAAGUGUUAGAGCUCCUGAAGGAUUGGGAUCCAACAUGUCGAGCGAUCGUGGAGAAGACACCGGCAGUGGUUGAUUGGAAGCUGGUCUAUCGCGACCCUUUGCCGACUUGGAUCAGUAGCAAAGGACGAAUCGCACUUCUUGGCGAUGCUGCUCAUCCUUUCCUACCGACGAGUGCCCAAGGUGCAACUCAGGCCAUGGAAGAUGGAGUUACCAUUGCUGUCUGCUUGAAGCGAGCGGGCAAAGACAACAUUCCUGGUGCGCUCAAGGCUCAUCAAGAUUUAAGAUAUGAGCGCGUGAAGGCGGUUCAGAAGACGGGAGAGUCAACCAGAGAUCUGUGGCACAAAACGGAUUGGGAUAAAGUCAAAAAAGAUCCUAGCAGUAUCGGAUUCCCACGCGAGGAUUGGAUUCACCAAUUUGAUGCCGAACAGUACGCAGAGGAGAAUUUUGAGAGUGCUCUCAAAACUCCAGGGCAUGAGGUCAAGGAUAACACGCUGGUCGAUGAGGCCCCUGCAACAGCCCAAGGUACACUCAUCGGUACCAUAAUCGACUGGGCCACAGCGAAACGCCCCGAUCGCUCUGCAUAUCUCAUCCCUCUCGGAAUGAUAUAUAUAGUUCCAACUAUCAUAUUCGUCGGUUUGCCGUUCAUUCCAGAGUCACCAAGAUGGCUUGUUCUUCAAGGACGCCAUGAAGAUGGCCUCAAGUCGCUCAAGUGGCUGAGGCCAGAGGGCGCAGACACCGAAGCGGAGCUUGCAGAAAUCCGUCAAGCUAUUGACAACGAGCGUGCAUUGUCCAAGGGUGUCGGUAUCCUCGAUAUGUUUAACAAUCCGAUCGAUCGAAGGCGGACCAUGAUCUCCAUAUGUGCUGUUUGCCUUCAAGCUGCCACUGGAUCAAUGUUCAUUAUUGCUUACAAGGCCUACUUCUUCGCCAUGGCCAAGGUUCAAGACCCAUUUGCAAUGAGUAACGUUCUCAGCAUGGCAGGUAUGCUUGCUAUCAUCGCCAAUGUUUGCAUCGUUGUGCGAUAUGGAAGACGACGAGUACUGCUCUUUUGUGGCCUCAUAACUGCUGGAAUCUUCCAAUUGAUCAUCGCAGUUGUCUAUGAUCACAAUCCAGGGGCGAUCGUCACCGGCAAAGUACUGGUUGCGCUCUCAUGCUUCUACAUGAUGGCUUUCAAUGGCAUGAUAGCUCCAUAUUCAUGGAUGGUUGCCGGCGAAAUCCCAUCACAGCGCCUUCGAACCUACACCUUCGGCCUUGCUGCAGCAGCCGGGUUCCUUGGCGCUUGGCUGAUCACAUUCACCGCUCCGUACUUCAUCAACCCCGUUGCGCUGAACUGGGGGCCACGAUACGGCUACAUCUGGUUCCCUUCUUGCAUCAUUAGUGCUGUUUGGGUGUACUUCUACCUGCCUGAGGUUAAAGGACGAACCUUGGAAGAGAUCGACGCUAUGUUCAACGAGAAGCUGCCAGCCAGAAAGUUCAGAGGUUACAAAAUGCAGGAACCUGGUGUCGGAGAGACUGUUGGAAAGUUAAGCGUCGAGCUCAACGUCGUUGAAACUGAGAGAGUCUAG